GCGUUCAGAACAACUUUCUCGUUUGCAUUCUUUUUGGCAAUAUUGAUCAAUGCAAGCUAACAUCGUGGUGAACUCGGACCGAAACGUUCGCUGUGUCUCGUUCCCUAGUGUGGGCCUCGGGGAGUUCGGUGUUGGAAGGAGGUUGCGGCUGGUCGCCCGACCCGAAUCCCUCGGCAUUGUUUUGGUUGUGGAGUAGGAUAAAAAGUUGCGACGAGCUUCUUUUCGGUACAAUUUUCCACAGAGUAACGUUUUGUAGCGUUGACGUUUUUCGCUUAUUUUCGAGUGAAGUGAGUGUGGUUAACACCUCGGGAGGCGUCUGUUUGCUCUCUCCAGAUCUUGCCGUUUCAACAGCACUCAACGUGGUGGCAACGAUGUCAGAAGCUGAGCGCGGAUACACAAUGGAUGUGGCGGAGGAACCCCAAAUUCAGGCCACAGCGGAUCGGGUCGCGGACCCAAGCCUACAUCAUUUAGUGGGAGAGUCAAAAGCGGGGCCCCAAGAGCGCGACCCGCAAUCCAAAGAUGGUGACUCGCAUAGCGAGAAAAGAAAGGUUCCAAUGCCGGGUGCAGUGCGGCUGAUUGGAGACAGGACGCUGGACGCGGAAUUCCAACAGAAAGUAGCUGAACGUGAACAAAGGCGCGCCUCCCAAAUGUCAGCUUGUUAAUUUCCUGGCAUCCCACCUCGAUGCCCAUCUCGGCGCUCUGGUUUUUUUCGUGUUUUUGACUCCGACUUUUAGUCGAUCGGUUAUUGUGUUCACUGUUGCAAAUGCUGCGGUUCGUGUUGAUGUACCCCGAAUAUCAAAAAGUGUGUUAUAGCAGGAGAGCUGUGAGCAGUGAACAUAGUGUCAGUCACGAAUUGCUUCAUGGGGAGUCACAUGGGCGUCCCUGAGUAACGUGAACCAUUCAAUUGGGAUACUUCUUGUCAUAUACAUGGAAGCAUGUCGCGUUGAGAUGUGCAAACCUAAUGCAGAUUACUACACUGGCGUUA